CUCAAGAUUGUUGAGAGGUUUCGCGUAGAGCGAGAAUUUGCACAGGGCAAUUUGUGUGUUGAAUUGGAGAGACUUUAAUGAUGUACUCAUCCCUCUAUUUAUAGUAGUCAACCUGCUCCCAAUCGAAUCACAACCCUACUCGGAUUAGAACUCCUUCCCCCGAUCUAACCUUAUCUCGGCCACUCCUACUCCUACUAAGACUUUGAACUCAACCCCCUUAUCAGGCCGCAUUCAAUCCUAAACUUCUACAUCCUUAUCCUGUCAAAACUCCUUCUCGUAUCAAGAUUCAACCAUCCAUGGACUCCUAAUAGGGCACGGCCGGCCUUGGCUAUAUGGCCCAUAAGCCGAAUGACCCACAACGACUCCUAAACAUGGCCUUUGGGCCGAGAACAAUUAUAAACUUGGCCCAAACCAAGCAUUACCCCCUUGCUUCUGAGGUCGUCAACCUACAUUCCUUGGUUCGACCCUUGACCUUGAAGAAGUGAAACCGACCUAAAGACAAUCAUUGAAUCCUCUUGAGAAAUACUACCAUGCACAUUUAUGAGACAUAACCCCACGAUCUUGAUUUCCCAACCGUCCUGCCACAUGUCAGUCCCCUGGUUAACCUAGCAAUCCACAAUCAUGACCCUCGAAAACAUACGAUCGCAAAAACGUCUCUCUUGCACUAAACCUGUCGCAACACGCAAUCGUGCAUCCUUAAACCGUGAAAACCUCAACCUUUUUGCCUAGAUUUCCUGAACAUCUACAAUGAUUAGCAACUUUCCCGCUCGAUUAUAUCCUUAAUUUUGAAAAUCAAACGUUUAGCCUUCCUUCCCAAAUGCCUAUAAAUACUCGAAUCUCUUCCACGCGUACCUUAUGCUUUCCAAAACCCUUGAAAUUUUCUCACCACUUUGCUUUCAAAACUUUCAAUACCAGAAAAUCCCAAGCUUUCAUCUCAGAUAUCUUUAAGCCUUCAUCAAUGGCCCCCUUCAUUUCCCAACUCUCCAACGAGUUCAACAAGUGCAAAGACUUCAUCGAUCGGAACGCCAUCAAGACCCUGCGUUUCGAGAGUGACCUAAACACCACUCACCAAAUCCUAUGCCCACUCUUUAAGGACACAGUGCCAUCGUUCAUCACCAAUCUGCUUGGCACAUUUGUUGCAAGGAUUUGAUUGGUCAAAGUGGUGUUUGACAAAGCCUCAAGGAGCCUGGCCUUUGACCAAUGCAAACUGGGCGGCAUGGGUCGUACGAAUGGAAAAAUUCUUUAGUAAAGAGUGGGAAGCUCUCGGCAUCCACGACGCCAUUAAACUCUCGACCAUGGAGAUUACCAUGGAUAAAGAACUCAUUAUGGCAACUCUAAGCCUCUGGUGCUUGGCUACCAACACCAUGGUCAUUCCGUUCGGCCUUAUAACCCCCACCAUCAUCGACAUCUCGGCUAUUCUCGGGACUUCUCCUUCUGGCAUUCCAAUAGACGACACCCUUAUUGGAUGCUCAUUAAAUCUCGACCUCAAGGUGUUGUUCGACGAACAAGUCGUCUAGACGUUGAGCCAAAAAGGUCAAGAGCCUUCAAAAGAGGAAGUUCAGAAGUUGCAUAAGAAUUUCCUUAACUACAACACCCUUAUCCUCCAUUUUGCUGGUCGAUGGGAGGUGAUUCUACGGAAGGGAGAACACGAGGCCUUCCUAUUUUCUGUUGUACUAAGUCGAAUAAGUGCUUGGUCUAAAAUAUGCCACCGGUGGCGGAAGCCCUGGCUAGUGGUCAUUCUCUGGCGCUCAGACCCGCUAUCCUUGUCAACCUUUUGCGCUGCCUGGCAGAAACGACCAUCAAUAAGAUUGACCCGUAUCAGAAUGGACCUCUCUGGGUGUUCUAACUCUGGCUGCAGGUUUAUUUCUCCAUACUUCGGCCAGAAAUCUCCAACCUCCAAUCCACUGUAGCAAUCGACCUUCAGUUAGCUCUCGCCCAGUGCCUCCUCACCUAGCUAAAGAGGUCUUCAAACACUUCUUCGACCUAGACGUCCUUUUCAACAACGAAUUUUUGAUAUGUCGUCGUCAGGAAUACCCCCAUUUCGGUAAACUUCCCACAUCAAUCUGGAGUGAAAGCGAAGAUGCUGGUUUUCGUCAAAACUGGGGGUCGUUCGUGUUAACUCGCGACCUUCCCCUCGGUUGUGAUGCUCGCCGAGCAAGUUAGGAAUUCUACCACCCCCAUUUUGCUGCCCGACAGCUUGGCUACCUCCAAGGUUGCCCGGUGCCCCUACUUUUUCUCGCUCCCUUCUAAGCCGAGGACACCUCUUUGGUUCCUCAAAAAGGGAGUGCAAAGACACCGAGGAGUUUCAGGAACGGUGUAAGAAAUUUCACCUUCGACCAACUGUUCCUGAAUCUUUCGGCACCAACAUCUUCGACGACUGGUGGGAAGAAAAUACUCACGACUUUUUUGGCGCUUCGGUCGAGGACGUAGUAACAAAAAAAUUUGUGAUCGACCCAAAAAAACUUAUGCCCCUCAAUCUAAAGAGACGCCCCAAGGCGAUCGGGUAUUGAAACAGGCAGACGUGGUCGCCCCGGCUAUGGCCAAGAAAAAAUUGACCCAUUCCUCCAAGAAAUCUAAAACUGACGCGCAAAACACAUUAAGCAAACAGCCUCACUCGGAUGCCGAGACGGCAGGUGAAGCCACUCGUCCCACAAAACGCGUCAAGAAAUUGGCGAAUAAUGGAGCACGAGAGAUUCACGUUAUCUCCAGCCACACCACCGGAACAAUCACUCCAAGUGCCUCUCCUCUUGUUCCCGUUGUUCAGGCCUCAGCGAAGAAACAACCAUCUUCAACCAACCCAGCAACCCAAGCUCACCCGGCCCCUGAGGUCCCCGAGGUCGCAGUCGAACCAGUUAUUAUACUGCUGGUCGAAACGUCUGCAGCUCUGAGGCCGACUUUAGCACCCAUUCUGGGGGAGGCAACCCCUUUGAUCGGGAAGAAUCUCCCCAAGAAUCUAAAACAAUCAGCGAUCAUCUUAGAAGAGGAUGACGAGAGUGACGAGAUUCUGCCGGUAAGUUGCUCUCAACCAACCGUAACUCCUUCCAUUGAUCCUCCCCCUGUGGUUGAGGUGACCGACCAGGUUGAUCCUCUUGUAGCCGAUCGUGGAAAAAGGCCUAUCAUUGAACCUGAAGCGACGUCAGAAACUCCAAUUCACCCACAGGACCAAGACCUCAGUAUCCCCUCUCAAGAAGCGACAUCAGCUUUUGUAAGGCUCGAUUACUUUCUCUUGUCAAUUUUGUUAUAACAAGUCUGAACCAAGAAAAAUAUUAAAUGUCAAGUGCCCAGUUAUUCAUUUCAUCGAAAAUUCUAUGCGCCGAAGGGUGUUAUCUAUAUUUCUUGGCCACCUCAGUGGCCAU